AUGAACUAUUAAUCGUAAAAAUUAGAUAGAGAAAAAUGUGGUAAAGAUUCAAGAAUUCUUAGUAUUUUAGAAAGUGGAGGUAAGAUAGCGAUAUUUAAAUAGAAUCAAUAUUACUUUCUACAUGUUUAUGGAAGUUUAGCCAUAUUAAUAAAUAAUAAGAAAGAAUAUUGUUAAUAACAAACAAAAAUAUAUACAAUAUAACUCCUUAAAGUACUCUUGUAAAUUUUUUUUCAAAAGUUGUUUCAAGUGUUAGAGUGAAGAGGUAUUGGUUUAAAUAAAAUAUUUUAGAAAAAUUGGAAUUUAAUAUGUUAGUGGGAUAACAAUAAGUAAAUGUGGAUUCGAAUUUGUAAUUCAUGUACCAGAUGAAUAUGAUUAUAGAUAUUCAUCAUUAGAUUUGUAAGAAUUUAAAUAUAAUAUUAAGCCGAGAGAAAAUAUUAUCUACACUUGCUGAUGCUUAUUCAAAACUAUUAAAAAAGAAUUUACCAAUAUUUUAAACAGAUGAUUUAACAUUAAUUCCAUAUACAACAACAAAAGUAGAUGCUAAGAAAGGAAUAUGUAGAUUGCAUGGAAAUCCUAUUAAUAUAGAUUUAUAAACUCAACCAAAUUAUGAUUUUUCAACAACAAAAUAACCAGAAGAUAAUUAAAAUUAAAAGUAAUAAGUAAGAUCAAGUUAUGAUUACACUAAAAAAUAUAAACUUUUAAAAUAUAUAUAUUAAGGGAUGUUAGGAUAAGUAAUUCUAGUUUAAAACAUAUAAACAGAUAAAUAUUAUGUGUUUAAGUUAAUGUAAAAGUAGGAUAUUAUAACUACAGAUCAUUUACAUCAUGCAUAGAUAGAAAGGAAAUUAUUAGAAAUAUUUGAUCAUCCUUUUAUUAUAAAAUUAGUCUAAGCAUUUGAAACUGAUGAUUAAUUAAUAUAUGUAUUACCUUUUUAUUAAGGAGGUGAUCUUUAUACUCAUUUAAAGAGAGAAACUAGAUUAAAAGAAGAUAGAGUUAAAUUUAUAAUUGCUUAAUUAAUUUUAGCAUUAGGUUAUAUGCAUGAUCGUGAAUAUUUAUAUAGAGAUUUGAAACCUGAAAAUAUUCUAUUAGAUUCUAAUGGAUAUAUAGUGUUAACAGAUUUGGGAUUGUGCAAAUAAUUAUAAAAUAAUAAUUGGUCAUAUAGUUUUACUGGAUCUGUUGAAUAUAUAGCUCCAGAAAUGAUUACAGCUGUUGGAUAUAAUAGAAUGAUAGAUUGGUGGAUGUUAGGAAUAUUAGCAUAUGAAUUAAUUUAUGGAAUUACUCCAUUUUAUUGUGAUAAUCAAAGUUAAAUGUUUGAAUCUAUCUAAGAAAGAGAAGUAAGAUUUUCUACUAAUAUUACUAUCUCUAUUGAAUGCAAGGAUUUUAUUACUAAUCUCUUAAAGAAAGAACCUAAAGAAAGAUUAGGAUAUAAAAAAGAUUAUACAGAAUUAUAAGCUCAUUUAUGGUUAAAAGAUAUUAAUUUUACAGAAAUUCUUAGAAAAACUACUCAAACUUGGAAAUUAAACUUAAAUGAUCCAUUAGAUCUUAGAUAUUUCGAACCAGAAGAUUUAAAUUUAGGUAUUUUUACUAUUUAUUAUUAAGAAUCUUUUAAUUCUAUUUAGUAAGACAAAGCACUUAUUCAAAAAUUUAAUUAAGAAUUUCAAAAUAUUGAAUUUAAUCUAUGA